AUGGCAUCCCUCAAUGUUUUCAAGGUACCAUAUCUCCUGUUGUGUGUUGGACUUGCGGCUGCCCAGUACCAUACGACGACUCCAGUGCCAAUUCUGAAACAAAUAAAUAGGCACAACGGAGAUGGCAGCUACAGUUACGGUUACGAAGCUGCAGAUGGGUCCUACAAGAUCGAGUCAAAGUAUCCAACUGGAGAAGUGUAUGGAAAGUAUGGAUUUCUUGACGACACCGGCAGUCUUCGAGAAAUCGAGUACGGUGCCUCUCGUCGAGGGUUUGAACCAGCUGGUACCGACAUCAACGUUCCUCCACCGACCUUGAAGGGAAACGGCAUCGCUGGAACACGCGAACCUGAAGACGAUGGCCAAUAUAGAGAAGACCCGUCGAUUUAUUACACGGACCCCAAGUACACUAAUGGAGAACGCUACGAGCCAGCGCCAAAGCAGAGAUACCAGCAACCAGCGUUAAAUCUUCCUCGGCAACAGCCAGCUCCUGCUGCGUACAACCCUGCGCCUAAGAGCUAUUCAGCACCUUCGGCAUACGGUCCACGAGCUGGUGCCCCAUCGCAACAUCGUCCACAAUACCAGCAACAAUAUCAGCAACAAUAUCAGGGCCAGUAUCGUCAACCACAUUUCGCUCCAGUUGCAUCUCCAUUGCCGCAGGCUCCUUAUCAAGGAUCUCCCACACCCAAUGCAGGAGUCAAUUUGGGAUCUUACACCGUUCACUACAGGCGAUAAGACUCCUAAAACAUACCUAGAAAAUAUUUCUUAUGUACAUAGUUCACCUACCGAAUUGGUGGGUAAUCGAGCUGAAAAAUUUGGCAGCUUUUCUCCAGUGAGAGCAACAAAAAGGUUCUUCGAUAUCAAGCUCGUAAUCUGAGACGGUCAAUUCGCAGGCCUGAAGAGAACUGUGGCUUUCACCCUUUGAUACCUCAAAAAUCCUUUUAUAUUUCUACCUCCUACGCACCCCGACCUACGGCAACCUUUGCACGUGGAAUUUCAAGGGCAGCAGGAUUCAAUUCCCGAUAAGUGGUCUAAAGAACAAUAUUUAUGCAUCGUAAGUGUCACGCGGGCCUAACGUAAAUUUCGCAAUACUAAGGGUACAAGUCUCUGCACCUAAAUAAACGAAAUCUGAUAGUCACUGUCGAUUUAACAAAAUGAAAUUCAAGCAUAUGAUGGGAAUUGGGUUUUUCGUUCUGAGGCGUCGGUCUCCAUUCUUUAAAGAGAGAGCGGAAUUUAUCCAGGAUCUUUAAUAUUUUGUACUCGAAGAAUGCUUAGAGAGAUAAAAAUAAUUCAUGUUUAAAAGGAGGUCAUUUUUUCUUAGGAAAUGACCCGGUUUUGUAAUAUUUGGACCUGCAGUAUGUCUUAAGUAAUGUAUGUUGCAAUUGUUGAUUUAAAGUGGUCAAAUCGUUUCACGACAAAGCGUUCAAGUUUACGAGGGAAUUUGUCAAUCGACUAAACAAAUGCAAACUAUGUCUUGGCGCAACGAGUACAUAAACGUUUAUUCGACUUCAUGAACAUUUCUGUGAGUUAGGAUAAUUUACGUCGAAAAGCGAUAGAAGUAUUUUCAGAUUUUUCCACAAGUUUUAGAGCCAUUUAUUGCGUUAACUGGGUUGAAAAAGUUACAAAAUUGAAAAUUGCUCGAUGUACCGCAAUUAUUCUAAUUAACGAAAGUGUAGCAACGUUCCUUUUCUGUGUUCUGUUUAUAGGGUGCAACGUGCUGUUAGAAUGUUCAGAAACAUUUUAAAGGACAGACUUGUCUCUACAUUUUAAUAACAAUAUUUUUGUUUCAAAGAUUUUGUUCAUUCCUUGAAUGGCCGAAAGUUGUUUAGAAUGCUGUUCAAAUUACAAAGCUCGCGUCUCCGCCACGGAACUUUUGAAAUCACCUGUGCGUUCCUUAGCCCUCAAAAUUAUUGAUAUAUGGGUAUGUAAAAUUACGUGACGUUGAUGUUACAUACUCAUAUAUCAAUAAUUUUUAGGUCUUGUUUGAUUUUU